AUGAAUGAAUGUGAGACAAACGAAUAUCGAUGUCAUAAUGGUAUGUGUAUACCUGAACGAUUCUUUAAUGAUGAUCCUGAAAAUCCAGAUUGCUUAGAUAGUACAGAUGAAAAGGAUGACGAGUUGGUCAAGGGCAAUGAUCUCGACGCUGACGAUUGUACAAAAGAUCCAACGUUUCGAUGUGAAGAAUCACAUCAUUAUCACGUUCUUCGAAAUUUUGCAUGUGGCGAUGGACAAGAAAUAUUUGAUCAAUUAAUUCGACUCUUUCGAACAUGUCUUUUCGUCGAUGAAAGUGGAAAUGAGACUUAUUGUCGACAUUCAUCUUUAUUUCAUUGUCCAGGCACGUCUAAAUGUAUUUCGAAACAUCGACUACUUGAUGGAAUUGAUGAUUGUUAUGGAGGUGUUGAUGAAAAAUAUGAAGGCUCGUGUAAUUUAAAUCAAACUCAUCGUUUUCGAUGUUCAUCAGAAAACAAAUGUAUCUCACCCAUUCUUGUGCGAGAUAGAACCAAACAUUGUAAAGACGGUGAAGAUGAAAUUCUUUUUUCUAAGAAAACAUUUUCUUAUCAAAAUCUUUGCAAUGGAUAUGUUAAUCUAUCACCUGAAUUAGACGAUGAACAGAAUGAAACAGAUGAAACGAAUUGUGAACAGUGGCCAUGUAACAAUCAAUAUACACGCUGCGACGGUGCAUGGACUUGCAAAAAUGGUACCGAUGAGCUCAAUUGUAAUCAAUCCUCUAAAUGUUAUCCUAAUCGUCACGAAUGUGUUUCUCCCACGACAUUUAAAGUCGUCUGUUUAUCAGUCGAUCAUGCUGGAGAUGGAAAAAUUGAUUGUCUUGGGGCAACUGAUGAAAGAGAACAUUGUCGACAUAUGGAAUCAAACGCUUACAAUAAAAUUGAUCUUACUUAUCAUUCAAGUUGGAUGUUACCAGUUAAAUUUCUCUUUCUUCCUGUCAAUCGAAUUGCUACUCAUCUAAUCAUUCCAGCUCAUCGAGUUGGCAUCGUCAAGAACUGUCAAUUUUAUUGUGGUGAUCACGGUCAUUGUACUACGUACGUGAAUAAUGGGAAAACUUACUGUCAAUGUGAUUCAGGUUGGUCAGGAGUAAAUUGUACAGUUCGCGAAGAUAAAUGUGAUUGUUCAUUGGAUUCUCUCUGUCUUGGUACUGUAAACAAUCGAUCGAUUUGUUUAUGCCCAUUUGACAAAGUUGGUCCACGAUGUUUGCUGAAUUCUGUCUGUCAACGCGAUACUUGCAAGAAUAAUGGUUACUGUGUAGUUGAAGAUGGUAAAACAUCAAUGAAUAAUUUUACAUGUAUCUGUUCCACAGGAUACUCUGGAAGAACAUGUAAAAAAUCUAAUUGUCAAGAACGAACACAAUGUGAAAAUGGAGGUCAAUGUAUUCAAGAUCUUUCUAUUUGCCCAUCUAUAACAAUGUGUAUAUGUCCCGAAUGUUACUAUGGUGGAAAGUGUCAGUUCACAACAAAAGGUUUUAGUCUUUCACUCGAUGUUAUCCUUGCUUAUCAAAUUCGUCCGCAUAUGUAUAUUAGUCGUCAACGAGCUGUCAUAAAGAAAAGUAAACAAACUGCACAAUGGGUCAUUAUUACUAUAAUACUAUUGACGACAAUUAGUCUUAUCUAUGAUCCAAUACAUCGAAAAUUGAUCGAUGACAAAGAAGAACAACGUACUUGGUGUAUUGUACGAUAUUCAUCAUUAAUAAGAAUCUUUGAUUCAACUGUACAUAUUUUUCAUUUUAUUAUUCCAUUUUUAAUAAAUUUGCUCUCAGCUAUGAUGAUCAUUAUCAAUAUUGCUCGAACUCAUUCGAAUGCGCGUAAACAACAAACAUAUACACAAUAUUUGAAAAAACAAUUCCAUCAUCAAAAACAUUUAAUUAUUGGUCCGAUUAUUAAUGUUAUUUUAUCGAUACCACGUUUGAUUAUUUCAUUUCUAUCUGGAUGUAUGAAAUCAAAUCGAGAUCCAUGGUUAUUUCUAUUUGGUUAUUUUAUUUCAUUUAUGCCACCUUUACUGACAUUAAUCGUGUUCAUUUUACCAUCCGAAACGUACAAAAAAGAAUUGGAUACCAUAAUUAAACAAAAGAAAGAAAGUUAUUCAAAAAUGAUGACAUUUAAACUAAUUUGA